AUGAUGACACACUGACUGGUGUAGAUGAUGGCACACAGACUGGUGUAGAUGAUGACACACUGACUGGUGUAGAUGAUGACACACUGACUGGUGUAGAUGAUGACACACUGACUGGUGUAGAUGAUGACACACUGACUGGUGUAGAUGAUGACACACUGACUGGUGUAGAUGAUGACACACUGACUGGUGUAGAUGAUGGCACACUGACUGGUGUAGAUGAUGGCACACUGACUAGUGUAGAUGAUGACACACUGACUGGUGUAGAUGAUGGCACACUGACUGGUGUAGAUGAUGGCACACUGACUGGUGUAGAUGAUGACACACUGACUGGUGUAGAUGAUGACACACUGACUGUCCAAGUUCUUGCAGGAUCUUUCCAAGUUCUUGCAGGAUCUUGCCAAGAUCCUGCAAGAUCUUGCCAAAUACCAUAA